UCUGCUAAUACAAAAAGACAAAAGAAAUAUGUGAAAUGUUCCUAAAAUUCAGAAAUAUACGUAUUUAGCUCCAAUUCCCAUAUCUCCAUAUUUAUCUUUUCCACCGUUCCCUUCUCUUCUGCAACUUUGUUCUUCCUUCAAGAAUAACUCUCUUCUUCAUUCUGAUAUGUAUGAGCUUUACCAAUGGAGAAAGGAAAAGUGAAUGCAUACUCUCCAGAUACAGUUCUUGAAGACUUUUUAAGGACAGCAGAAUCUGAAUCAGACUCUUCAAAAGCCAGCACUUCAGAAUUUGAUGGCUCGAAAAAUGAAAGAUCUGGUUCGCGAUGGACAGGUUUUUUCGAGCUAUUUAGAAGUAAAUCGAAAGGACAUAUGAAGAAAGAUCCUUUAAUUAGUUCUUUGAAACUGUCCAAACGGUUCAGCAGAAGCAUGAGAGAGACGAGUAGUGGUGUCAUGCCAAAUUCCAUCCUGGAUAAUGGUUUCAGCUAUUUCAAACCUCAAUGGAAACUUUUCACCCUCUCUGAACUUCAAACUGCAACUAAUAAUUUUCACCAAGAAAAUUUGAUAGGAAAGGGGGGUUAUGCUGAAGUUCAUAAAGGACGGCUGCGAAAUGGCCAGUUUAUCGCGGUUAAGCGGCUAACGAGGGGACCACAAGAUGAGAGGAUAGGGGAUUUCUUAUCUGAGCUAGGAAUAAUGGCACAUAUUAACCAUCCAAACACUGCUAAAUUGAUUGGUUAUGCAGUUGAUGGAGGACUCUUUCUUGUACUUGAGCUAUCUCCUUAUGGAAGUUUGACCAAUAUGUUGCACGCAUCGAAGCAGAAACUAGAAUGGAAAAUCCGGUAUAAGGUAGCCAUAGGGAUAGCUAAAGGGAUAUUGUAUCUUCACGAGGGUGGUCAAAGAAGGAUUAUCCAUAGAGAUAUUAAGGCAGCAAAUAUAUUGCUCACAAAGGACCUCGAACCUCAGAUAUGUGAUUUUGGGCUAGCAAAAUGGCUACCAGAGCGAUGGACUCACCUCACUAUAGGGAAAUUCGAAGGAACAUUUGGCUAUCUUGCUCCGGAGUUCUUGAUGCAUGGCAUAGUGGAUGAAAAAACUGAUGUUUUUGCUUUUGGAGUGCUUCUUUUGGAACUUAUUACUGGUCGUCGAGCCCUUGAUUACUCACAGCAAAGCCUCGUCAUUUGGGCUAAACCCCUGCUGAAGAAGAAUAGAAUCAGAGAGCUCGUUGAUCCUUCACUUGCUGAUUACUACGACUUACUACAGAUGAACCUCAUGGUCUUAGCUGCUUCUUUAUGUGUGCAGCAGUCUUCAAUUAAGCGACCCCGAAUAAAUCAGAUUCUUCAGCUUCUAAGAGGCAACAUUGAAAGCCUGGAUUUGAUCAUGAGAAUUAGAAAACCAUCACAUUGGAAGAGGUAUUAUGAAGAGCUUUUUAAUGCAGAACAGAACAAAACGACUAGAGGGUUAAGUGGUUUAAGUCUGCAGGACCAAAUAGCAUUGGAAGUCUCUUAAGAUAGUGUGAUGAAUCGUGCUCGAGGCUCAAAUGCUUGUUUGGUUUUGUUAAAACUGACAAACAUCUUCUUGAAGAGGGCAGGAACUGGAUUUAGUCGGGUUCUCCAUCAUAAUUAUGGUACAACACGAAGUUGCACACUGCAUCAAGGCUUAUGUUGGUACAGGCGGAUUUAGUACUAGUUCUGUGAGUUCAACUGAACCCAAGUUGAACCUAUUUCUUUUGGAUCGAACAAUGUAUAUAGAUGAAAAGCAUUUAGUAAUAUAUAUAUAUAUAUAUAUCGGUAUAAUAAGAACACGCUCGUUUUGACUUGGUGACUCUUUAAGUCUGGAAUUCGCGUCUCAUGCUACCUACCUCGAGAAAAGAAGCUUAUAGCAAGAAAAAAACGUGAUGGAUGCACGCAGAAAUUUGUUUAAUUUUUUUGACCUGUAAAUACUUACUAUAAUCAGAGAGUUAUAGAUGUAUUGAGAUUCUUUGUUGAAUUUUGGUAGUUCUUUUUACUGUAUUUGUUUUCCCUUUUAAGAGAGGAGCUUUAAAAUUCUUCUUAAAGAUGAAACCAACUUUAUCUUUGUGCAA